CUGCUGCUGCUGCUGCUGCUGUUGGGUCGUCGGGCGCGGGCGGCUGCCGGGGCUGACGCGGGGCCUGGGGCCGAGCCGUGCGCCACGGUGGUGCAGGGCAAGUUCUUUGGCUACUUCUCAGCGGCCGCCGUGUUCCCGGCCAACGCUUCGCGCUGCUCCUGGACUCUGCGCAACCCUGACCCGCGGCGCUACACGCUCUACAUGAAGGUGGCUAAGGCACCGGCACCCUGCAGUGGCCCCAGCCACGUCCGCACCUACCAGUUCGACUCCUUCCUGGAGUCCACCCGCACCUACCUGGGCGUGGAGAGCUUCGACGAGGUGCUGCGGCUCUGUGACCCCUCAGCGCCCCUUGCCUUCCUGCAGGCCAGCAAGCAAUUCCUGCAGAUGCGGCGCCAGCAGCCGCCCCAGGACGACGACCUCAGCCUCCUGGGCGGGCCCCCAGGCCUGGGCGACGACUUCUCUGCCGAAUACCUGGUGGUGGGCAACCGCAACCCUAGCCGGGCUGCCUGCCAGAUGCUGUGCCGCUGGUUGGAUGCCUGUCUGGCCGGCAGCCGCAGCUCACAUCCCUGUGGCAUCAUGCAGACCCCCUGUGCGUGCCUGGGCGGCGACGCAGGUGACCCUGCCUCCAGUCCCCUGGUCCCCCGUGGGGAUGUCUGCUUGAGGGAUGGCGUGGCUGGUGGUCCGGAGAACUGCCUCACCAGCCUGACCCAGGACAGGGGUGGGCAUGGCACUGCAGGCGGCUGGAAGCUGUGGUCGCUGUGGGGCGAGUGCACGCGGGACUGCGGGGGAGGCCUGCAGACACGGACGCGCACCUGCCUGCCCGCGCAGGGCGUCGAGGGCGGUGGCUGCGAGGGGGUGCUGGAGGAAGGUUGCCUGUGCAACCGCAAGGCCUGCGGCCCUGCUGGGCGCACCAGCUCCCGGAGCCAGUCCCUGCGGUCCACAGAUGCCCGGCGGCGCGAGGACCUGGGCGACGAGCUGCAGCAGUUUGGGUUCCCAUCCCCCCAGACGGGUGACCCGGCGGCUGAGGAGUGGUCCCCGUGGAGCGUGUGCUCCAGCACCUGCGGCGAGGGCUGGCAGACGCGCACGCGCUUCUGCGUGUCCUCCUCCUACAGCACGCAGUGCAGCGGGCCCCUGCGGGAGCAGCGGCUCUGCAACACCUCGGCCGUGUGUCCAGUGCAUGGCGCCUGGGACGAGUGGUCACCCUGGAGUCUCUGCUCCAGCACCUGUGGCCGUGGCUUUCGGGACCGCACACGCACCUGCAGACCCCCCCAGUUUGGAGGCAACCCCUGUGAGGGCCCAGAGAAGCAAACCAAGUUCUGCAACAUCGCCCUGUGCCCUGGCCGGGUGCUGGGUGGUGGCUCCCGGGGUUUUCAUCCCGUGUCUGAGGCCAGCAUUGAGGUGCUGGUGUUCACGCUGGCUUCCUGUCCCCUUCCUCCCCCGGGCCGGGCAGUGGAUGGAAACUGGAAUGAGUGGUCGAGCUGGAGCGCCUGCUCCGCCAGCUGCUCCCAGGGCCGGCAGCAGCGCACACGCGAGUGCAACGGGCCUUCCUACGGGGGCGCCGAGUGCCAGGGCCACUGGGUGGAGACGCGAGAUUGCUUCCUGCAGCAGUGCCCAGUGGAUGGCAAGUGGCAGGCCUGGGCAUCCUGGGGCGGCUGCAGCGUCACGUGUGGGGGUGGCAGCCAGCGGCGGGAGCGUGUCUGCUCUGGGCCCUUCUUCGGGGGAGCCACCUGUCAGGGGCCUCAGGAUGAGUACCGGCAGUGUGGCACCCAGCGGUGUCCCGAGCCCCAUGAGAUCUGUGACGAGGACAACUUCGGUGCGGUGAUCUGGAAAGAGACCCCGGCAGGAGAGGUGGCUGCAGUCCGGUGUCCCCGCAAUGCCACAGGCCUCAUCCUGCGCCGCUGUGAGCUGGACGAGGAAGGCAUUGCGUACUGGGAGACCCCCACCUACAUCCGCUGUGUCUCCAUUGACUACCGCAACAUCCAAAUGAUGACCAGGGAGCAUCUGGCCAAGGCUCAGCGAGGGCUGCCAGGGGAGGGGGUCUCAGAAGUCAUCCAGACGCUGGUGGAGAUCUCCCAGGAUGGGACCAGCUACAGUGGGGACCUGCUCUCCACCAUCGACGUCCUGAGGAACAUGACGGAGAUAUUUCGGAGAGCGUACUACAGCCCCACCCCCGGGGACGUGCAGAACUUUGUCCAGAUUAUCAGCAACCUGCUGGCAGAGGAGAACCGGGACAAGUGGGAGGAGGCCCAGCUGAUGGGUCCCAAUGCCAAGGAGCUGUUCCGGUUGGUGGAGGACUUUGUGGAUGUCAUCGGCUUCCGCAUGAAGGACUUGAGGGAUGCAUACCAGGUGACAGACAACCUGGUCCUCAGCAUCCACAAGCUCCCAGCCAGCGGAGCCACUGACAUCAGCUUCCCCAUGAAGGGCUGGCGGGCCACGGGCGACUGGGCCAAGGUGCCGGAGGACAGGGUCACCGUGUCUAAGAGCGUCUUCUCCACGGGGCUGGCAGAGGCCGAUGACUCCUCUGUGUUCGUGGUGGGCACCGUGCUCUACAGAAACCUAGGCAGCUUCCUGGCCCUGCAGAGGAAUACGACUGUCCUGAACUCCAAGGUCAUCUCGGUGACUGUGAAGCCUCCCCCUCGCUCCCUCCUCACACCCUUGGAGAUCGAGUUUGCCCACAUGUACAAUGGCACCACCAACCAGACCUGUAUCCUGUGGGAUGAGACAGAUGUGUAA